CAAAUCCAUCGCUUUCGGUGUUAUGUCAUUUUCAAGUACUCUCGCAAUCGUUGUUUGAGGUGUGUCAAGCGAGGCAGAGAAAUCUCACUCGUCUUCCAAUCUUCUUGGUGCAAGUGAAAGAUUUUUCUUAACGUUUCAUUGGCUUAGAAAACCGGUCUCCUCUUUGAAUCUUCCCGCAUCCCAUUCCCCUGUUUUUUUUUUUUUUUUCUUGGCACUCGCUCGCUGAGAUAUAUAGCACUAUUACUAUGUACUGGAUAUUGCUUUCCUGGUUUUAUUUCCCCUAGCGUGCGUUGUAUUGCUUACCAAAAUACAUCUUAAAAUGAUAAAACAUCUAAACACAUUGUUCGAAUUUCCUAUGAUUACCGAAUUAGCUUAUGCAGAUGCUUUUGUUUAUGAAAUUUGGAUAACUUGACAGUGGAGACUGUGCGUAGGUUGGAUAGUUCUCGUGGAAUAUUUGCUGGAGUCUGGACGAUAUGUUUUCAAGAUGUUGAGUCUCCUAACAAUCGAAAUGGUGUUUGGUUAGAUCAAUGAGAUGGCUAUAUUUGCAGUUUGAAGGAACUUGUCUUUCUGUUUGCCUUUAGAGACGUGGAGAGUUGUGGGAAGUAGUUAUUGAAUAUGCUUCAAAUUCGGCUUAGCAAGCUACCAGCCUCAGAAGGUUCCGCAGGGGUGAGGUCCGCACCUGUUGAGACUGCAAUUGCAUGUCCCGACCAUCUCGUCCUGGCUGACCUGCCUGUAGCAGAGGGUAUUGGUGCAGCCACUGCCACUUCCCUUAUUAAGACUUUAGGAUGGAGGUCCCGCCGUCAGCUUGGCAAGAGAGUUCAUCUCUGUGUUCGUUGUGAUUUCCCCAUAGCUAUAUAUGGACGAUUGCUGAAUCACAGGAAAGACUGAGGUGGUAUGAGAUGUGUUAUGCUUAUAUCCGUAACUACAAAGAAUCUCAUUCUUACUCACACCAAAUUCUCUAGCGUCAACAAUGCAUAAAGUGUACUCCCUCCGGUCCACUUGAUUGAUCACCUUCUAGAAAGGUGAAGUGGUCCACUUUAUAAGUCUUAUAUUGAUAGUGAUAUUUUGUUGUAAAUGAAAUAUUUAAACUGCCCUAAAAAAGUAAGA